AUGACUUCCAAAAACUUGGAAGAGGUGAUGUCAGCGUGUGGCGUUGAUCCUGCUACAGCAUCCCAGCUGAUUUCAGCAGGUUGGACAAUUCAGUCCUUUGCGUUUUCUGCGUUGGAUUUAGAAGCGUUUGACAAGCUCUGGCCUGAGUUUUUCAGUGAAGAGCCAACGCUGCUUCAGAAAGCCUCACUUAGGGCUGCAUUCCGAAUGUGUCAUGACUUGACCCAACCUGCACCUGCAAAUCAAACACCUAUUGGUGGAACGGCCACUUCUGAUGCAUCGGCCUCAGCAAGCACAUGGGCGGAAAGCUUCCCCCCGAAGUUGGACACAGCAGUGAUUGAACAGAUGAAGGCCAAAUUUUUGGCCAGUUAUCCCUCAGAGCUUCUCAAUCAUGAUACCAUGCCAAGUACGCGUUUACUGAGCCUUACACACCAUCAGCUCUCAAAGAAACAGUGGUCGUGGAUUCCCUGGAAAUACCGACUUACUUUGGCAAAAUCAGAUGAAAUCACUUCUCAAAGGCAGGCAAAGAUGCCUAAACUUGAAGUGGCCACAUUGCAUAGCUUGUUGGUGGAUGAGCCCCCAUCGAUUGACAUUUCAAAUGCUGGUUUUGGGGUGAAUGCGGUCCGUAACUUAUUGGCAGUCCAUGAUACAGCAGUUGCAAUGUGUGGAGGCGCCCACCUAGCGAACCUCAAAGCCUAUUCAGCGAAGUUUUUGAGUUUCCUUACACAAAGGGUGGACCCAGAUACCAUGUUGCGCUGUGCAUCCAUCACAGAGGCGCAAGCGGCAGACAGGCAGAUUUGGGCUUCCAUUUCAGACUUGAUGUCUGAGCGUGAGGCUCGACUGUUUCUGGAUAUUUGCUCGGGGGCAACACGCCCACUGAGUGCGGCCAUUUUGGCCCAACAGGGCAAUGUACUGUCUUUUGACAUUUUGCUGGACAAGCGUAUAGACCUACUGAAUGACCAGAGCUACGAACAAUUGCUGCGAAUUUGUUCAUCUGGACAGGCCCUAAAGCACUUCGAACACCUGAAGCUUUGGAUGGAGUCCCGGGCCUUAACAGUAUGGAGCUACUUCAAGUCCAAGAAUCUUUUAUGCGAAUUUCUCAGCCGGCAAACGGCAUGCUAUCCCCCGGCACUGGCAGAAGCUUUUGCCAACCUAGACCGGGAAGAACCACCGUUGUCGGCUCACCAGACGAACUGGCAGAGCGCAGAGGACGACAUUGCCCUCACUCGUGAGUUGGUACAACAAGAGAUCGACAAGGGCUGGAGUGGCCCCUUUCGGGGCCACAUUCUCGGCGGCGUGGUGGUCCAGACUCGGCGGCUGGAUGCUGAGGUUUUUCCAUUUUUUGAUAUGGUGGGCUCACAUAGCCCUAUUAUACGUUGA